CUCUUUCUUCUGGCAGCAUAAUAAAAUUGAGUCUUUGCUGUCAUAGCCUCUGGCCUAGUUGUGCUCUCUCCCCCUUCCGAUGGCUCUUCAGCUUCCUCCUUCUCUUGGGCACUUCAACUUAAGCAUCCGAGCACGUCCCGUUGUUGUUACUCGCAGAGUCAACACCUUCAACACCUUCGCCACUCUGUCGCAGCCGCGAAGCGAUCCCAUCAACUGGGUUGAAGCAACUUCCAGUUUCUUUGAUCAGGACAAACGACCCAUCAUGUUAUUCGACGGUGUAUGCAACUUGUGUAAUGGGGGUGUGAAAUUCGUUCGUGAUCACGAUAGAAAUAAGAGAAUUAGAUUUGAAGCUCUUCAGAGUGAAGCAGGCAAAAUGUUACUUAAGAGAUCGGGAAGAGCUCCUGAUGAUAUCUCAAGUGUAGUACUGGUUGAAAAGGAUAGAGCAUAUAUCAAGUCAGAAGCUGUGCUGAAGAUUAUGGAAUACAUUGACUUGCCUUUUCCUCAGCUAGCAUUUUUUCUUCAAUUCGUACCACUUUUCUUAAGAGAUUUUGCUUAUGACAAUGUUGCAAACAACCGAUAUACUAUUUUUGGCCGUUCAGAAUCAUGUGAAAUAUAGAAUCAAUCUGCCAUCAUAAGGAGGUAAGUAACAUGAGUUUUUCUGAAGUACUUUGCGGAUUCAUUAUGCCCAUUGCAGUCUCUAAGGGUCUAUGAAGCUGCACCUUUCCUUGGGAGAUUUUAUUCAUCAGUGCAUCACCAGAGGUUAUCCAGGAAUCAUUACACUUAUAAUUAGACUGUUGAUCUUCUCAAAAGAAAGGGCUGUUGAUUUUGAUAGUCAGGACUCAGCAUAUUACAGGAAAGAAAGAAAAAGACCAAACCCUUUGAAUCACUUUCAAUAAAUAUGUUAGUCUUUUUCUGUAUUCUAUAUGUGGUGUAAAUAAGAAAUAUUAAAUAAUAUAUUUCUUAUGGUCAACAUUCAAACUCUAUCCAUACAGGUAGCAAAAGUGAUACAUGUCUUGUGAAAAAUGUCAGGAACUUGUCUCUGUUUACUGUUUCUUUCAGAAGCAGUUGCAUGGGAAAAAGUUCGAGC